GUAUCCCGCGCCCGACGGAAGGGAAGCGGUGCCCGCCCGUUAGCUGCCGGGGAUUUGGUGCACCCAGCGAGGCGUUCCUUCGCCAGUCCUGUCCCCUGGGCCGUUCCCGGCAAGAUCGUGCCAACGUGGGGUGGGCGCUCCGGCGAGCGGGGGUCUGGCUGCACGGCAGCAGCCGCAGCGCUGUCUGAUGCGGACAGACGUGUGACUUCCCCAAAGGGGCGUUAAAAUGGCCCUGGUGUAACGCCGCUGUGUAGACGUGAGGGCCUCGCAGCGUGCAGGGGCAGCGAUCCCCUGCUGCGAGAGAUCGCGUGUGCACGAUAUAACUUUCUGUGAUGGAAGAUGGAAGACAAAGGCGCUCGUGUUGCUGACUACUUUGUUGUAGCAGGAUUGACAGAUAUUUCAAAACCACUAGAAGAAGAAAUCCACUUCAAUGAUGCUUGCCAUAAAAUAGCUAAACCAAAAGAACCCAUCACUGACGUGACAGUAAUUAUUAAAUCUCUGGGGGAGGAAGUGCCUCAGGGAUAUAAAUGCAUAGAUGUUACUCCAUCAGGACUAUCAGCAGAUCUCAACAAUGGGAGUCUUGUGGGUCCACAGAUAUUCCUUUGCUACAGGAGAGGAAGGGACAAGCCUCCACUUACUGAUCUGGGGGUUUUAUAUGAUGGGAAAGAGAGAUUAAUACAGGGCUGUGAAAUCAUUCAAGCCACUCCAUCUGGUCGUCCUGCAAACAUUAGUGGCAGUGCCUCAUCACAAAGAGUAUACAUCACUUACCGAAGAGCCUCCGAAAAUAUGACCCAAAACACCUUGGCUGUCACAGAUAUAUGUAUAAUUAUACCGAGUAAGGGAGAGAGCCCUCCACAUACAUUCUGCAAGGUUGACAAGAAUCUUAAUAACAGUAUGUGGGGCUCAGCAGUAUACCUAUGUUACAAAAAGUCUGUGGCAAAAACCAAUACCAUAUCAUAUAAAGCUGGUUUAAUAUGCAGAUAUCCUGAAGAAGACUAUGAGUCAUUCCCAUUACCAGAAUCAGUGCCUCUUUUUUGUCUACCCAUGGGUGCAUCUAUUGAGUGUUGGCCAUCUAACAGUAAAUACCCCCUUCCAGUUUUUUCUACAUUUGUACUAACUGGAGCUUCGGCUGAAAAGGUAUAUGGUGCUGCUAUUCAAUUCUAUGAACCAUAUCCUGAGGAGAAUCUCACAGAAAAACAGAAAUCUCAGUUAGGGUUAGCAACUACUGGAGAUGGAAAGUCAGAUAAUUCCAAAACAGUUCAGACUAACAAAUGCAUUUGUCUGCUCUCUCACUGGCCUUUUUUUGAUGCUUUCAAGAAGUUUCUUACCUUUCUUUAUCGUUAUUCCAUCUCUGGUCCUCAUGUCCUCCCUAUUGAGAAACAUAUUUCACAUUUUAUGCACAAAGUUCCUUUUCCAUCCCCUCAGAGACCAAGAAUUUUAGUUCAGCUAUCGCCACAUGAUAACCUGAUUCUUAGUCAGCCAGUGUCAUCACCUCUACCACUGAGUGGUGGCAAGUUUUCUACACUGCUUCAGAACCUAGGGCCUGAGAAUGCAGUAACUCUACUUGUAUUUGCUGUAACAGAACAUAAAAUUCUCAUCCAUUCCUUACGACCGUCUGUCCUUACUAGUGUGACAGAGGCAUUAGUCUCGAUGAUAUUUCCUUUCCAUUGGCCAUGCCCAUACAUUCCUCUUUGCCCCUUGGCACUGGCAGCUGUGUUAAGCGCACCAUGUCCAUUCAUAGUAGGAAUUGAUUCAAGAUACUUUGAUCUGUAUGAUCCCCCACCAGAUGUUAGCUGUGUUGACCUAGAUACCAACACCAUUUCUCAAACUGGAGAUAAGAAAACUAUUUCAUGGAAGACCUUACCAAAGAAACCUUGCAAAAAUCUAAUGAACACUUUAAAUAACUUGUAUCAACAACUGGCAGAAUUGCAGCAAAGACCAAGAGAAGAUGCAUUAAUGGAAUUAACAAUGAAUGACUAUGAUUUUAAUUCGGGGAAGAAGUUGCAUUUGUUAGAUAUGGAGAUCCAGGAGGCAUUUCUUUGUUUCAUGGCUUCAUUAUUAAAAGGUUAUAGGUCGUACCUAAGGCCAAUAACACAGGCGCCUUCUGAGACAGCAACAGAUGCAAGUUCCCUCUUUGAACUACAAGGGUUCUUAAAAAGUCGAGAUCGAUCACAUCAAAAAUUCUACACAUCAAUGACCAAAACUCAAAUGUUUAUUCGCUUCAUUGAAGAAUGUUCCUUUGUUAGUGAUAAGGAUGCAAGCCUUGCAUUUUUUGAUGAUUGUGUAAAUAAAGUAGAUAUGGACAAGAGUGGUGAAACACGGCUUAUAGAGCUGGAUGAGUCCUACAAGAGUGAACACACAGUUUUCAUAACACCACCUGAGAUCCCUCACCUACCUAAUGGCGAAGAGCACCCUUUGCAGUACAGCUAUAAUGGAUUUCCUGUGCUGAAACUAGAUUUGUUUGACCAACCUGAGGGGUUCCUGACUACACCAAAUAAUAAACUGUCUUCAAAAGCCAGUAGUCCCAACAGCCCAUCCCCAAUGUUCAGGAGAACAAAACAGGAAAUAAAGUCAGCCCAUAAGAUAGCUAAGAGGUACUCCUCCAUUCCUCAGAUGUGGUCCAGGUGUUUGCUGCGUCACUGCUAUGGCCUAUGGUUCAUCUGCCUUCCUGCGUAUGUGAAAGUGUGCCAUUCAAAAGUCAGGGCUCUGAGAACUGCAUAUGACGUGCUGCGAAAAAUGCAUACCAAAAAGAUAGAUCCCCCUGAUGAGGUAUGUUACCGGGUGCUUAUGCAGCUAUGUGGGCAAUAUGGCCAGCCUGUGCUUGCAGUGAGAGUCCUUUUUGAAAUGAAAAAAGCCGGUAUUGACCCUAAUGCCAUUACAUAUGGUUACUAUAAUAAGGCUGUUUUGGAAAGCACCUGGCCUUCAAGUAGUAGAAGUGGCUAUUUCCUAUGGACGAAGAUCAGAAAUGUUGUAUUAGGAAUAGUGCAGUUUAAAAAAGCUUUAAAAAAACUACCUGCCAACACACCACAAGCAGCUCUUUCCGGGGGACUUUCAGAUCUUGGCAGUAACUUGUUAUCUAAAGAAGAAUUUGGGCAAGGGGAAGCAUCUGUUCAAGAUAUAAAAAAACAAAAAGAGGACAAGAGAGAGAGUGAUUCCAGUUCUUUGUCUGAAACAGAGAGUGCAAAAGGAAGUGGUGACUGUCUUCCCAAGCUAAAUUAUCAAAAUUCAAGUAGUACUUCAAUUCAAGUAGCAAAAGCCACUUCUAACAUAGUACGACUCAAUGGUACCAUUGAUAAUGCUGACAGUACAGCUGGGGAAGUCAGCACUGAAAGCCCAGCAGGGCUGCUUUUCACAUCCGCUUUUGAGGAUACCAAUGAAGCAGGAGUUCUGCAAAGUAAAACCUUAAGAAAGAGACAUAAAAGUGCUGUGGAACCUGACCUAAAACAGAUGGCAUGGGGAAGCAGGAGCCGUAAUCUGAGUGGAGAUGCCCUGAUGGGGCUCAUGAUAAAUAGAAUUAACCAGAAUGCAAGCCCUGGAGACAUUGUGGAAAAAUUAGGAGCUGAUGCAAAAAUACUGUCUAAUGUAUUCCAGAAGAGCAUAAGGCCGAAUAGUCUUGACAUCAGGAAGUCAUCUUUAGGGUCUAAGAGAGAGAGUAUGGAGAAGGAAUCUAGUGAUGAAGAUGCACCUUUCUAUGGCAGUUUUGUAGAUAAAACAGAGUCUCCUGUUAUCUUUGAUUUAGAAGACUUAGAUGCUGAACCUGACACAGCUAAAACAGUAAAGUCGUCUAAUGAAAAGCCUAAGAUGUUACAGCGUAAUAGCAGCUUUCUAAUAAAACCAGUUGAAAAAACAGAUGUGGAAACUGGAUUUGAUCCCCUCUCGCUGCUGGUUGCUGAGACAGAACAACGGAAAGAAGAUGAUGAAGACGAUGAUGACAAAAGUGUUUCAACGCCAUCUGCAAGGCGAGAUUUAGCUGAAGAAAUAGUGAUGUACAUGAACAACAUGAGCAGCCCUUUGACAAGCCGUGCACCAAGCAUUGACUUGCAAAAAACAUACGAUGACAGAAAUGUUAGUAAAAAGAGUCCAACAGUCACCCAGCCAUGCAGAAGAUCCAGCCUUCCCCCAUAUUCCCCCAGGCCAGUGAGUCUUAUCAAAUCCAAAAGUUAUCACAUAAAAAAUGAAGAAAGGCCAAGGGACAGGCUUUGGUCCUCUCCAUCUUACAGUCCAGCGAGGGAACAGUCGCAGGACAUGGCUGGUGCAUUAACUCUAGUGUCUUCACCUUCGUUCAACUUAGAUACACUAUUAACACCUACAUUUGAUGUUCUGAAAAGCAGCAUGUUUUCUGCUGGGAAAGGCGUUGCAGAGAAGGCUAGCAAGUGGUAUUCAAAGUUUACUAUGUAUGCUGCAUCCUCAAAGGAUCAAAAUUCAGACCGAGCAAGUGUUUCAUCUCUUGGAAUUCUGGAUUCAGAAUCUACCUCUCUAACUGAUGAAGAUGUCUGCAAUGACUUUGAAGGUACUUCUUCUCCUCAAGAGAACAAUGACACCUCGGUAAUUAAGGGAAUUGGUCUAAGUAGGACAAGCCUAGAAAGUUCAGCUUCUCAUGAUGGCUCAUCCAAGCAAUUCUAUCACUGUGGUUCCCUUUCAAAGUUCCCCUUGCCUGACAAAUCAGAGUUGAUGUCUUCUUGCAGCACAAGUAGCACCAGUGUGUUUCAGAACUAUGCUAUGGAGGUACUCAUCUCAAGCUGUUCGCGAUGUCGAACUUGUGACUGUCUGGUUCAUGAUGAAGAAAUCAUGGCAGGAUGGACUGCAGAUGAUUCAAAUCUCAAUACCACAUGUCCCUUCUGUGGCAACCUAUUCCUGCCCUUUUUGAAUAUUGAAAUCCGAGAUCUGCGGCGACCUGGGCGGUACUUUCUGAAGUCCAGUCCAUCUACAGAGAAUAUGCAGCUUCCCUCACCUUUUUCAAAUCAGACAGGAAAGUCCUGUAUCUCUACUCCCACAUCAUGUCUUGCUACAUCUGUAAUGCCUGUUCAAGAUGAUUUUAUUUCAAAAUGCAAAUCUAAGCAGCAGGACAACUCUUGUGCCAGAAGUAUCCAAAUCCCUUCAGGAAGAAGACAAAAUAUUGCUGGGUCAGAGUGUCCCAGUCACGCUGUAGCAAGAAGUGUCAGUACUUACGGACCACUGGAAGAGGAUGAGAAGGGAAGCCGGAAGCUCAGCCAUAUUGUUCCCACUGGCAGCCUGCCCACCACUUUGCAAGGAACAACGGAUUCUUUGGGACUAGAAUGGCGGUUAUGUAGUCCUGACCCAAUCACUGUCCCUUACCUAAGUCCUCUAGUGGUAUGGAAAGAGCUUGAAAGCUUGCUUGAAAAUGAAGGGGAUCGUGUGAUAACAGUGGCAGAUUUUGUAGACCAUCAUCCUAUCGUGUUUUGGAAUUUGGUGUGGUAUUUCAGGCGUCUGGACUUGCCCAGUAACUUACCAGGACUAAUACUUUCUUCUGAACACUGUAAUAAAAACUCAAAGAUUCCACGAAACUGUAUGUCAGAGGACAGUAAAUACGUUCUCAUUCAGAUGCUAUGGGACAAUAUGAAGUUGCAUCAGGAUCCAGGACAGCCUCUCUAUAUUCUGUGGAAUGCACAGAGUCAAAAUCGUACUCUUUUGUUUGAGACCCAAAAGUAUCCAGUGGUCCAUUUAUUGCAAAAAGAUGACGACUCCUUUAACCAGGAGCUCUUGAGAAGCAUGGUGAAAAGUAUUAAGAUGAAUGAUGUCUAUGGACCAAUGAGUCAAAUCUUAGAGCGACUGAACAAAUGGCCACAGAUUAAAAGACAGAGGAGCCUCUAUAGAGAAAUAUUAUUUCUUUCCCUUGUUGCUCUAGGGAGAGAGAACAUUGAUAUAGAUGCUUUUGACAGAGAGUACAAAAUGGCCUAUGAUCGUCUCACAGCUAAUCAGGUCAAGAGUACUCACAACUGCGAUAGACCGCCAAGUACUGGAGUGAUGGAAUGCCGAAAGAUUUUUGGAGAACCAUAUCUUUAAAAUAUAUAUAUAUAUAUAUUUAUUUUAAUGAAUUGUAUACGUGUGUAAAGUCACAAAGAACAUCUCGGUCUUCAGUGUUUGAAAACAUAUUUACAAAUGUACUGUGUCAGAAGACUGGAAAAAAUUGGGCCUAUGUAGGUACAAAAAUGGACAAUGAGCAAAGAAGGGGCCAAAUACUACUUUCCUCUCCUUGCUUCUCUCUGCAAAUCAUUUUGUGGAGUAGGCGACCGUAAACUAAAUCAGUUCUCUAACAAGGGACAACAUUUUACAGUCCUUUAAAGAAAACUUGGGAGAGGCAGACAAAAAUGAUGCACUGAAACUAGCAAGAGUGAAGUAAAUUCUGCAAAUCUGUUUACAUAGAAUAUUCAAAAUAUUAUGAAGCGCAUACAAAGUUGUAUUAUACAUAUUUUAAAUUGUUUAUAGUAAGUUGAUAUUUUUUUAAUUUUUUAAAUUACUCUAGUGAAUUUUAAUGAACUUAUUGCAUAAGCAAUACAGUGCUCAUUUUUUUCUGCUAUUUAUAGUAACUGGUCCAAUUAGGAUUUGAAAAAAUAAUUUGCUUUUGAAGUGGUCUAUAAUUUCAGCACUGUCCUAGGUAACAUUCUGGGGCCAGUAUUUCUCUUGCACACACAGAAUUAUGUACCACCACUGGAAUCGGAUGAAAAGUAUGGCAAACUUGUGUAAAAAUAUGGUUAUUAACACUCUGACUCUAUAGUAUCUUUCUUUCUGUAGAAGUCCCCCACAAAAUUCUGUAAUACAUUGAAGGAUCCCACCGUUUACUUUAAGGAGAUCCAACGCUUUUUAGCUGUUGGCAUUUACUAAUUUAAUAUAUCUAUGGGUAUAUAUUACAAGAUGUAUAGCAAAUAGCUUACAAAAAUAGUUCCACAUAAAAUGUAUAGUGUACAGUCCUGUAUAUGGAGGUGUAGGUAUGUUUGUAAAUGCCCUAAACAUGGCACUUAAUUCAUUGUGGUCCAAAGUUACACUCUUUUUUAAAUAAGAAAAUAUGCUACAUGAAAUAUAUAGGGAAUUUAAUCCAUUGGGAUAUGCUGUACGUAAUAAGGUAUAUUUGUAAUGACUGAUCCUGUAUUUCCCAGGCAACACAGUAACUUCGGCUCUGUAAAGAAAAUAGUGCUGCAUAACUCUCCACCUUGGAGUCAUGACUUCUGGCUCAUGCUUUGACGUUCUAGAAAUUUCAGAAAAUGUUACGCACUCAUUCACAGCAGCUACACACCAGAAAGCAGGUUUUAUGUAUAAAAUAUCAGAGGUUCUAUGUGCAUGUUCUUUUUCCUACCACCCUGCAGCAUUGGAGAUGGAGAAGAUACUCUUUCAAGCUUUGAGAGACAGGUUUGGGUUUGCUUGCCUGCAGACAUCUCUCAACCUUUCUAAUUUCCAAGAGCAAUCCUACUGUGAUAUUUACCUAGAUGGAAAAGCUAAAUAUACCUUUUUAUGGGAGUUUUCUGCAUAGCCCCAGACACUCGCACCUGCCAUCUUGUCAGAGUUAACGAGGGGCAGUGAGGACUCCAUCCUGUUUCCACUGAAGUAAAUUGAAAGAUUCUAGUGAUGUCAUUAUUAUUAUUUAAUGGAAAUAUGAUUAGACCUUUAGAGGGUUAUUUUAAAGCACCUACCAAUCCCUCUUCAAAAGAGUAAGGGGAUGCUGCCCUAAGCAGACUGUUUUAAAAUGUCAAGAGCGGCAGUUUACUCUUAAUGUUACAUGCAAAAUACAUCUUGCCCCACGUUUGGUCUUUUUGGAUAUAGCUUUCAUUGAACAAUGCCUCUUUUCUAAGAUGCUGCUAACUGUGUAGGUUUUUUUUUCUUUAGGUGGAGAUAGUAACGUUACAUUUCCCACCAGUUUUCACAUGCUUAAUUAUUUUAAACAUUUGUGAUGCUUUAUUUUGUAGUGCCCACAUUUUCUAAAAAGUAUUCCCCCCUGAUGUUGUAAAACUACCAUAUUAAUCAUCAGUUACAAUACAUGAUAAAUACGCUGCCAACAUGCUCAACUCAGUCAUCAAAACCAGCGUGCGGAAUACAUGGUCAUUACUUUUGAGCUUACUCAUUGUAAAUACCUAGUGACAUGUAUGCAUGCUCUGCUGUAGUUACACUGUAUUUACCAAGUAAAAGUUACCUACAAUAGUUGCCAAGUAUGUAAAUAACUACCUACAUAUUUGUGCUGUGUAUAAUGCAGUGUUAUACCACUUUCUUUAAAUCCUAUUUCCUAUUACAGUUACUACUACUUGCUAAUCACCAUUCUAUAGUACCCAAUAGCCAUGAAGGAGAACAAGCUGUUUCUCCAGAGCUGUCAUUGGUGUUCUAGAGGUACUUGGAAAGCUAUGAGGCAGGCUUCAUGUUUUAGAUUGAGCAGUUAACCUGUACUGGCACAAGUAUCUGAGUCUGGUCUCCACACCAAGUCUCAUUUGAUGACAUUAUGUUGCAACUAUGCACUUGUGCCAGCAGAGAAUAUCAACAUAUUUAAUCCAUAGCCCAAUCCUUUAACCCAGCUUGCUUAUGAGUACUUUCUACCACCUUAAUUGUAGAAGACCAAACAAGUUCGCCAGCUUCUGCAGAUAUGAAAAGUCCCUUCAGUAUUAUAUCGAAAGCACAUAAUGUACCAUAAAAAUCUUGUAUAUGUCUCAUUAUUUCAGGCAAGCAAUCUUAGUGUGCCCUUGCCCUCUUAAGACUGCAUUUCUUAAAGGUUGCUGAUGUUUAGUUGUGCUUGCUUUACAUUAAUAUACCAUGUAGUUUUUAUUUAUCAAAUUAAAUCAUUAUACACUUAACUUUUAAAUACUCCUUUGGCAAAACCUGUUGCAAGUCAGUCAACUAUAGAAACAUUAUAACAUAAGAAUGGCCAUACUGGGUUAGACCAAUGGUCCAUCUAGCCAAGUAUGCUGUCUUCCGACAGUGGCCAAUGCCAGAUGUUUCAAAAGCAAUACACAGAACAGGGCAAUUAUAAAGUGAUCCAUCCCCUGUCAUUCAGCCCCAGUUUAUGGCAGUCAAAGACUUAGGGACAUCCAGUGUUGCUUCCCUGACCAUCUUGGCUAAUAGGUCCAUCAAUGGCUAUCUUCCAUGAACUUAUCUGAUUCUUUUUUUUUUUUUAGUCCAGUUAUAGUUUUAACUUCUGGCCAUCACAAUAUACCCUGGCAACAAGUUCUAUAGGUUGACUGUGUGUUGUGUGAAGAAGUACUUCCUUUUGUUUGUUUUCAACCUGCUGUCUAUUAAUUUUAUUAGAUGACCCCGGGUUCUUGUGUUUUAUGUGAAGGGGUAAAUAACACUUCCUUAUUCAUUUUCUCCACCCCAUUCAUGAUUUUAUAGCCCUCUAUCAGAUCCCCCUUAGUCAUCUCUUUUUUUCCCAACCUGAAGAGUCCCAGAGUUUUUCAUCUCGCCUCCUAUGGAAGCUGUUUCAUACCCUUAAUCAUUUUUGUUGCCCUUCUCUUUUUUUCUUUUCCAUUCCUAAUACAUCUUUUUGAGCUGGGAUGACCAGAACUGCAUGCAGUAUUCAGGGUGUGGGCAUACCAUGGAUUUAUAUAGUGGCAUUAUGAUAUUUUUAUCUUAUUAUCUAUCCCUUUCCUAAUGGUUCCUAAUGUUAGUUUUUUCAAUUGCUUCUCACAUUGAGUAGAUGUUUUUAGAGAAUGAUCCAUAAUGACUCCAAGAUUCUUGAGUGGUUAACAGCUAAUUUAGACCCCAUCAUUUUAUAUGUAAAGUUGGGAUUAUGUUUUCCAGUGCAUUACUUU